AUGUGUAUAGAUUUUAAAUUGAAACAAAAAGAAUAUUCGAUAAUAGCACCGAGUAGAUCAGUACAAGGACAAGAUUUUAAUGUGAUAUGUCAAUCAGCUAAAUGUGGUUACAAAUCAAAUACGAUUUACAAUGUUGUAAAUCCGGAGUGUGGUAAUUAUUAUACUUGUCAAGAAUGUCCUUCAUCAUUUGGUACUGAUAUUUGUUAUCUUGGAAUUACAAAUUCUGAUUGGAUUAAUGUUACUGAAGGUCAUAUGACACUUUCAAAACAUGAUCGUGUUCAUGAUCAACAACCAAAACAAAAUAAAACCAAUACUAAAGAUACUUAUGAUUAUGAUGAAGAUGAAGAUUCUUUUCUACAAUUAUCCACAAAUUGGGAAGAUUAUGGUAUAAGUUUAGUGGAUAAAAUAAUAAUAUCGCAGACAUUUAAAUAUGUUGAUCAUCAUGAUGAUAAAUGGUUAUUAGAGAAUAAACGGCAAUGUCAAAUUGAUACUGAAGGUAAUUUAGAACUUUCUAUACGUUUAAUGUUUCAAUAUUAUAAAAGUCCACUUAUUAUGGAUUAUGAUGAUCAAUCUAAUUUAUCAACAUUACAACUUAAUUCUUCCGUUACGGUGCUUGGUCAAGCAGAUAGUAAUAAUACCAAUACUAGUACUAAUAGUAAGGAUAGUAAGGAUAGUAAGGAUACUAAGGAAACCCCUUUAGGGGCUGAGGCUGAGGAUUCUGGUACCGUUGGACCAAGCACCGUUACGGAUGACCCCGUAACUGAGAAUCUUAUAUUAUUACAAUUAGGUAAAAAUGAAGAAUAUUAUGAUGAUGAAGAAGUUGGUAAUGAAGAUAAUUUCUUUUCACAUAUGACGAAAAAGGGUUUAAAAUAUUCAUUGAAUACUGGAAAGGCAGUUAAACAUAAGUUAUCAGAUACAUUUAAGUUUUUAUAUCAGAAAGCACAGGUAAUUAUGGCGAAACCUGAAGUUCAUAUCCAUUUUGUAGUGGAUGAUAUUAGAUUAAAAAGCUGUAGACAACCACUUUCUUGGAAUGGUGAUAUGACUUCUGGUGCUAUGAUAUUUGUUGGGAAUCAGAAUUUUAAAAUACAUCAUACAGUUUUAAAUUCAGAUUUCCUUAAAAAAGCUAUCCGUGUCAAUACUAAUGUUAAAGGUGUUUAUGAACUUUCAUUCAAUUCUUGUGUACAAAUUCAUUGUACUAAACGACAAAAUUUCAAUCAACAAUCAUUCAAUAUUUCACAUCUUUCCAAUUUUCUAACACAUAAUAAUCCUGUAAAUGGAAUGAAUCAGGUUACUAGUAUGAAUAGGGUCAAUCCAGUUAAUGGAAUGAAUCCGGUUACUGGUAUGAAUCCUUUCAACUCAGUUAAUGGAAUGAAUUCAGUUAGUACAAUAAAUAAUGUGAAUUUACAUAUACCAAAACCUAUACAACCAAUAACUAAUAUACCUUCAUUCAAUAGUAAUCACAAUACUAAUCUUAACACUAAUAAUAGUAAUCAUAAUGGUACUACAAUUGGUAGUAUUAGUAAUGAGAAUCCUGUAACUAUGGAUAAGAAGAAAUUAUGGUUAUAUGGUUCAAUUGGUGUAGUAAUAAUAUUAAUAAUAAUAUCAAUCCCAUUAAUGACCAAAAUUUUUUAA